GGGCUCUCCUUCCGUCCCCAACAACACUCGCUCGGAGCUUCAAGCAGCAAGUGGAUUCUUCCGAGCUGUACUGUAGGACUACUAAAAACGAACUCUCUCCAGUUGGAUCGGAAAUCAGCAACAGAGCAGCAACACUGAUGAAGCAAAGGAUCGUGAUCAAGGUGCAGAUGAGCGGCGACAAGAGCCGGUCCAAAGCUCUGGGCUUAGUCGCCACGGCACACGGUGUGCAGUCCGUGGCCAUGGAAGGGAGGGAGCGGAACCAUCUGGUGGUGGUCGGCGACGGCCUGGACGCCGUCAGCCUGACGAGCUACCUGCGGAAGAAGGUGGGCGCCGCGCAGAUCGUCCAGGUGGAGGUCGUCGGAGGCGGCGGCGCCGCCGACAGGACGAAGCCGGCCGCGACCACCGCCGCCAUCGCCGCGGGCCCGCAGCACCAGUGGCAACCGCGCUACAGCGGCUACUACUACUCCCGGCCGGCCGCCGUGCGCCCGUACCCGUACGCCGGCCGGUACAGCUACGACGACGACGACACCCACCCCGACGCGGCCUCGUCGUGCGCCAUCAUGUGAUCGAUCCGCGGGCAACCGAGGAGCCUUGUUGAAUGAUAAUUGCAGAGAAAUAUUGAUGUGGCUGGUGCUUGUAGAUAAGGCACGCACAGAUUCAAACCUUUCUAUUUUUAACCAAUAAUUUGAUUAUUAAUUUUUUAUUUUUAUAAUGUAAAUUUUAUAUAA